GGCUCAUAAUAAUUAACAAUGCACCUAUUCAGUGACGUUUCAAGGUGAAUCCCGACUAGAAAGUCGAAAUCUGUUCUGUUGUGAGUAGGCUACCAGGGUUUUUCGCAGCUCUACUCGCGGCCUAUUUACGGGAAAUGUAUAGUUAAGUCUUGCUGUUGAACCUGUCGGUGCAGUGCGUUUGCCAGCUGUUUUUGUUUUUUUUACGCUUCAAUAUUUAACAGAAAAGAUCGUUGGAAGUGGAAGUGGCACAAGAAACUCGGGUCUAAGCUUGAUUCGACUGACGCAUGGAAAAAUGUCAGAAACUGGAAAAGAAGAAGUUGACGGGGUUAAUGACCCACCAGGAUGGGGUGAGGACGCAACAAAGGGUAUAAAAAAUGGUGGAAAGCAGAUGGAAAGUCCGGUCAAGGAGAAGAAUCCUGGGCUUAUGAAGACCUUCAGAAACAGUUUGAAAGUCCUCAGUCCUUUGACAUUGAAAAACAAAAUGUCAGAGAACACAGACAGCGACCAAAGCCAAAUCUCAAAUUCACCUUCACGACCGCCUUCCUCUCCAAGCUUGAGCAGAGGAUCUCCCUCACAAUCUUCAUUUCAGAGUCCCAAGGCAAAAAAAGCUUCUCUUACCAGAACUAAGUCAGAUUCUGCAGUUGAAAUUACUGGUCCAGUUGCAAAGAGGGGCACAUCGUUCAGGGAAAGUUUGGGUUUGGGUCCUAAAAAACACAAACAGGAACCACUUCAACCUGUCACAGAGGACAUGGAUUUAUCUGAAGAGCAGAUAUCGAAGAGUGUGCAGAGCAUCGACAGAGUGUUGGAGCUCAGAGACACCUAUACUCUGCCUGAGAUACCGCCUUUGCCUUUGUCAGUUAUGGAGAUUAACAAACUGAUAGAGAUGGAAGCUUUAGAGGAGGCCUAUGUGAAUCUACUGUCUCUAAGUUUGGAGCUACAGCGUGAGCAUCAAGCUCUAGAUCAAGAAGACUGUCCCAUCGAACUUGUCCAUAAAGAGAAAGACCUCAGUUUGCUCUUUGGAACACUAAGAAACAAAAUGUCUGUCAUUGUACGCAACUCCAGUGCUCUGCCCUUGCCCAAUAAAGAGUUGCUGGUGUAUGUUGCACAAAUUAUCUUAGAGGAAGAGAAGAGACAGGGAGAACCAGGAGCGAUGCCGGGAUGGAGGGAAGCCUGGAGGGAUGCGGUACGAGACGGGCUUCGAGAUGCUCUGAAGAAAGUUCAGCUGGACAGCCACGAGCAGAACACUUCCUGGUUGGCAGUGCAUCUGGGGCUUCUGGGUAAAGCUGUGGUGGAGAAUUUGGAGAGAGUGAAGACUGAACUUCUGAGCUCAUAUCCAGCAGACUUUAAAGUGUUUGAAACCUAUGUGUCCUGCCAUCAUGAGGCUGUAGGAGAGCAUUUAAAGAGACUUCUGGAAAAGGUGACGGAGCUUAAAGAUUACCACGCUCUUCUAGAUUUCAUUAUUCAUCGCUACCCAAGUGAGAAGAUAAUGGGAAGCUGCUCACUGCAGCCAGAGCUGAAGGAAGAUCAGAGAGUGCUUCUGCUGAACAAAGACUUCCUUAACCUGAUUAAAGUUAAAUACUGCAGUCGUUUACAGGCUGACAUGAGAGCAUCACUUGACCGAAUUAUUCAGUUGGAGAAUGAGGAAAUGUGGACAGAAAAGAGGAAACCAAACAUUGAUGAGGGAAUCUACAGCUCACACAUUGACAUGGACAUCUGGACGAAUAUUAAAGGUCAUGUACAAGCAUCCAGAAGAAUUGAUGUGAACCUUGAGCAGAAGGUUGUCCGAUCCUGUUUGGAGGAACUGAAGACCUUUCCGAAAAGGUUUGAGUCAGCGUUUGUUGAGUGGAGCAGUCCUCUGUCGAACUCAUCUCUCUGGGCAGAGUAUCACAUCAGCUACAUCAACAGCUUUAGUGCCCUAAAAGAGCACAUGGAGAGCUUUAAGGACAGCUGCCCGAUUCCACUAGAGCUGCUUCAAAAGGAAAUAGAUGGACUCACCACCAAAUUGAGUCAAUCAUUGUUGGAGCGCUUCAAAACGGAUGUCAAGCCUUUCCUCAGGAGACAAAUGACAGGAAAAUGGUUUUCACUUGAUGAAGACUUUUCACAGCUGAUCGAAAGAACCAAGAAUCUUUCUGAAAAGACCAAAUUCAUGAGCCCAAAACCUAAACAGGUCUUUGUGAACGAGGCUCACAUUUUUGUGGUGAAAGAAUAUGUUUCUCAGCUGAUGAAGAAUAACUACUCGUGCAAAAACAGGAAAAAUGAGACGGCUGCCACUAAGAUCGCAAAUCAGUGGGAGGAACUGAAGGAGAUAUUUCAAGAAAUGAAUUCUACCUCAGAAUGGCUCCAUCCAGUCGGGGACCAGCUGAGCAAGAUCAUUGGGUGCAGAAAAAGUGAUGUAAAACAUAACCUACAGCCACUGGUUGAAAACUAUCCAGACAUCAGAAGGAGCCAUCUCUCAGCUGUGCUGUACUUCCGAGGAAUUAUAAGAGGCAGGGAAAGGCACAUUAUACUACAGCGACUGGCAGAGUUAAAAGAGAGCAUCGGGAAUGCUGGGAAUAAAGAGCAUGCUCUCUUUAAUCAGAUUCAAGCAGCAGUUAACACAGACUGUCUGCCUGGUACAACCUUCUCCUGUCUGUCCUUGAUCAUGCCAAACAGCUAAUCCAAAUAAACACACUUCAUUUGAUAUGAAGUGGGAAUAAAGAUUGCACUGUUUGAUAGUAACAGUAUGCCUUAAAAUAUGAGCGAUAAGGAAUGUUUUCCUGCUGUAAGGUCCACCCAUUGGCCCAAGGACGGAAUCCAAUGGCUGGGCGAAGGGAUAAUGCGCGUAUGUCUUUUCAGCGCUCCAGUGAAGUUCACUUAAUUUAUUAGAAUUUAGUUUCAAUAUUGCUUUAGCUCUAUGCUUAAUCUGACCCCAAUUUUUACUGAUGAUCAAGUUUAGAUUGUGUUUCUUAUUAGAAAAUAACCAUAACUAUUGAUUAUAAUUUAAUUUAGAUCUUUGAUAUGUCUGUGUUUCUUACACUUUCAAUUAUUCGUUCAUUAUGGACCCGAUGCCGCACAGAGAUCACGUCGGCCGGAUCGUGUUUCUCACGGACACAAACCUUGUCAGUUCUGUAUUUAGUCAGAGGGUGCAGGGUUAACUAAUACUUCUUAAGUCGGUUGCCUACUGCUCACACGUACAAAGAAUGUAGUUUAUUUUAGCCACUUCCAUACAACUUGCUAAAUCAGUGAUAGACAGAAAUCAAAAGGUCUUCAGAGGACGUGCCUACUGCUCCAUUCACAUCUGCGCCUUUAGUUUGACCUAUCCUGCAAGAUUUGCGGUAGCACCAGCCUCCUAUAAUUUACUAAAAUAAUGACGUCAGAAUACUCCAGAGUAAAUCAAGAUGUAACAUUUAUUUGUCAGGAAAAAAUGUAUCAUGCCAAUUACCCAAGCAAUUAACAGCCAAUUCAGAAAUAGUAAAUACAUGACAUCAAUUACUCAAAGAUGAUUCUAAAAGUAAGCAAUGCAUUCCUGACAGAGACACACAGUAGUGUGUGAGUGCUUUCCACCGGGAAAACACUGACACAGCACUGUAUGGGGCUUUUCCUGGUUACAGGUUCCCCAAGACUGCUCUGUUACCUAGCCUUAAAUACCCAGACCAGAACAAAAGGGUUGUACCAAUAGCUUUCAGAGUUUGUUUUGGGUCAAUUCCUAUACCUCAAGGGGUGACACCUGGUCUCGGGGGAGAGGGGAGAUAUUAUCUUGAAAAGACAUCACCCAUGGAGAAGAACAGGGUUCUCCUAAGUUCUCAAUCUUUCUCCUAUUUCCAAUGACUGUAAUGAAAUUAAGACCAUUUUACCAAUCGCACUGAGACACUUAAAAUGAUACCAAACAUGAAAAGGGAAAACCUUAGAUUCACAAACGAAAUAACAAUAAACACCUAUCACCCAAAUCUUUAUUGGGGCAUCUCCCACAACAGAAGAACAGGCGUUGUUUUCUUGUUCUGCCUGUUCUGCUUCUGCAGGAAUGAAACGAUUUUACCAUUCGCGCCAGAAGUAUUUAUUUUGCCCUUGCAUAACACAGCUGGAGGCAGGAGGUUUGUGAGAUUUGCAUGGCUGAAUGAGCCCUGGAGGAGAGAAGAUAUUGUGCAGAGUCAAGAACCACAACAUGAUGGGAAGAUAUCAGGUUGGGCCAGUUGUGUGGUGCCCUCUGUCCCUUUGAUCUCUUUUACAGAUUAGUGAGUUAUUAUUGUUUUACUGCAGUUUCGAAUUCCUAAAUUCAGUCUUAGGAAAGUCCUUCCUUACACUGCCUUUGUGAAUAAUUUAUAGUCUUGUAUUCUAACAAGAAGAUUUAGUAAAUGUGUUUCACUAUUAUCAUGUGGAAUUUUGUGAAAUCAUUGUGGAUGACACUUUAAAUAUAAUCAGACCAUAUUAUAUGCAUUGUUAAAAAUAAAAAAGGGGGCAUUGGCAAUGAUAAUGUGAUAUUUCUAUAAUCCACUUCUUAGUUGAGAAACUUUCUCAUAAGUGCCUACCGGUAGUGUUUUUAAUAUCAAUCAAUCAAAACUUUAUUACAGACUCAAAGUCCAUUUUUAAAAGAAAAGUAAUAGUCCUACACAAACAAUUAAAAGCUCACAACCAGAUCAGGUUAAACUGAUGUUUUGUAUUUCUUCAUAAAGCAUAUCCAGACAGUUUUAACCACUAUAAUAAUGAACUUUUGAAUUUCAAACGUGCAAAGUGUAACUUUUGGCCCUCUAGCGGUUGAAGCAUACAACUGCACGUCUCUUGCGGAGGAACAUUGUUUUGGUAGAAUGAGUUGUGCUUCGACUCGGAUGAAUCUGAUGGCAGAGCACCUGACCGGUGCAAAAAAAAAAA